CCCGUCCACCUAUAAGAUGUGGGGGGGGAUCUGUAUGACUAAGAAGAGAUACAAAGAACUCUGAUUGUAAAACAUCUUCUCUUUUUAGUCCUAGAUAUGUCUAUGGUUACUGCUGAAUGUAGUACCUCUAACCCUGAUCCUAGGCCUAACAGUAAUAACCACACUGUAAUGUUAGAACACAUAAGUGUAUUAUAAGGCAUUAUAAAGGUCAUUAAAAUAUUUAUAAUAUGUACUUCAUAGAAACUGUUAACCUUUAUAUAUGCUAACAACUCACAUUUUGUUAGAUGUAUUCCAUAUUAAGGGUCCUAAACUAGGAACUAAAAUAUUUGUCUCCCUCUAGACGUUGUAUGCAGAUCUCUCUCUCCCUCCCUGCACCCCUCCUUCCCUUGUUCCCUCCCUCUAACCCCUCCUUCCCUCUAACCCCUCCCUCCCUCUAACCCCAGCCAUCUGGCAGAACAAGGAAAUCCCUCCCCCUCCCACAGACUCUCUUCUGUGGAAACUAAACUGAUCUGAGUCUCUGUGUCGUCUGUCUGUGUGAGAGUGAACAACCAUCCAAAUGGCUCAGCAGGGAGUUCUGCUGGACCAGGACCAGUUCUGUUGUUCUGUCUGUCUGGAUCUACUGAAGGAACCGGUCACCAUCCCCUGUGGACACAGUUACUGUAGGAGCUGUAUUGAGGACUGCUGGGAUAAGGAUGUUCUGAAAGGGGUCUAUAGCUGUCCUCAGUGCAGAGAGACCUUCACUCCAAGGCCUAAUCUGAGGAAAAAUAACAUGUUGGCUGACAUGGUGGAGAAACUGAGGAAGACAGGACUCCAGGCUGCUCCCCUUCCUGCUCUGUGCUGUGCUGGACCUGGAGAUGUGGCGUGUGAUGUCUGCACUGGGACCAGAAAGCGGAAAGCCCUCAUGUCCUGUCUGCCAUGUCUGGCCUCUUACUGUGAGACUCACCUCCUAUCUCACUAUGAAUCUCCUGCUUUGAAGAAGCACAAGCUGGUCAAAGCCACCGCACAACUACAGGAGAAGAUCUGCUCUCAUCAUGACAAACUGCUGGAGGUUUACUGUCGUACCGAUCAGCAGUGUAUCUGUUAUCAGUGUGUGAUGGAUGAACAUAAAGGCCAUGAUACAGUGUCAGCUGCAGCAGAGAGGACUGAGAAACAGAGGCAGCUGGAGAUGAGUCAGCAGAAGGUCCAGCAGAGAUUCCAGGAGAGAGAGAAGGAGCUGAAGGAGCUCCAACAGGCUGUGAAGUCUCUCAAGCGCUCUGCACUGGCAGCAGUGAAGGACAGUGAUAAGAUCUUUACUGAGCUGAUCCGCUCCAUUGAGAGAAGGCGCUCUGAGGUGAAGGAGCUGAUUUUAGCCCAAGAGAAGGCUCAAGUGAGUCAAGCUGAAGGACUCCUGGAGCAACUGAAGCAGGAGAUAGCUGAGCUGAGGAAGAGAAGCACUGAGCUGGAGCAGCUCUCACACACAGAGGAUCACAUCCAUUUCCUCCAGAGUUAUCAGUCACUCUCCAGUAUCAGUGUAUCUUCAGACUUACCCAGCAUCGUUGUCCGUCCUCUUCAGUACUUUGGAGAUGUGAGUAAGACUGUGUCUGAACUGAAAGAGAAACUAGAAGACUUCCUUAAAGGAGAAUGGACCAAGAUCUCCAGUACAGUGAAUAUAGUGGAUGUCGUACUGCCUCCAGAGCCCAAGACCAGAGAACAGUUUUUACAAUAUUCCUGUCAGCUCACACUGGACCCAAACACAGCACACACACGCCUCUCUCUGUCUAAAAGGAACAGAAAGGUGACCACUACACGCAAAGCCCAACCAUAUCCUGACCAUCCAGACAGAUUUACCAACUACUGUCAGGUUCUGUGUAGAGAGGGUCUGUCUGGAUGCUGUUACUGGGAGGUGGAGUUGAGAGGUGAUGUUGAUACAGCAGUCUCAUAUAAAGACAUCAGCAGAACAGGGUCAGAUGGUGGAUUUGGACACAAUAACAAGUCCUGGAGUUUACUAUGCUGUAGUGGUGGUUAUUGGUUCAGACACAAUAAUGUUGAGACUAAAGUAUCAGGCCCUCAGUCCUCCAGAGUAGGAGUGUACCUGGAUCACAAGGCAGGUACUCUGUCCUUCUACAGUGUCUCUGACACAAUGACCCUCCUCCACAGAGUCCAGACCACAUUCACUCAGCCCCUCUAUCCUGGGUUUAGUCUUACUGGUACUGCUAAGCUGGUAAAACUGUAGUAGGGUCCACAUAGAUACUAGUCAUGCUGGUGUAGUCUAUAGCUGAGCUGGUUAAACUGUAGUAGGGUCCACAUAGAUACUAGUCA